CGCGAAACGAUCAUGAGCGAUACGAAACAUGUAACAGAUAACGAAAACAUCAAUGACUAUAGUAUACAAUUAACUCGAUGGUUUCUCAUAUCGCUAGGUAUUUGGCCACAAACAAGCGCGUCGAAAAAAAUGAAAAAAAUUGUGAUGUUAAUACAAAUCUUCAUUCUUUUAACUUCGAUGGCGAUCAUUCUGAUACCAUGCAUGUUGUACAUGUCACUUGAGAAAAGAGAUAUCAAAACUAAAUUAAAAUCCUUUGUCCCGCUGAUUAGCAGACUCAUGGGAGCCAUAAAUUACUGGAUAUUACUCACGCGUAAUGGAGACAUUCAGCGUUGCAUACAGCAUAUGGAGACGGAUUGGAAACUCGUUCAUAAAAACGUUGACCGCGAAGUGAUGUUACAAUAUGCCAAAAUCGGCCGCUUCAUGACCACGUUCUGCGCGACGUUUAUGCAUGGUGCUACGUUGUUCUUUACCGUGGCCACGUCGAUAAAAACAACAACCGUUAUCAUCGGCAACAAAACUAUUACGAUGCAUUUGAUGACAUGUCCAAUGUACAGCAAGAUACUCGACGUAAGACUCAGCCCUGCGAACGAAAUCAUGCUGGGUAUACAAAUUUUCUCGGCUUUUGUAGUGGGUUCCUCUACAGUAGCUAUUUGCAGUCUCGCUGCCGUCUUUGCGACGCAUGCUUGCGGUCAAUUGAGUGUAAUGCAUACGUGGUUAAACGAGCUCGCCGAGGAAAAGAAAACUCAUUUAGCAGAACAAAGACUUGCAGCCAUCGUGAAACAUCAUUGGAGAGUCCUCAGAUUUGUAGAACAAAUAGAAAGUAUUAUGCAUAAAGCCUGUCUAGGAGAAUUAAUGGGAUGCACGAUGAAUAUGUGUUUCCUUGGAUAUUAUUUUAUUAUGAACUGGGGUACGUUUAACAGAGCAAAAGUAUUAUCAUAUUUUAUCGGAUACAUAUCGACGGGUUUCAAUAUAUUUAUAUUUUGUUACAUUGGAGAGAUCCUCACGGAACAGUGUAAAAAUGUUGGAAAAAUGGCAUAUAUGACUGAUUGGUAUAAACUGCCAAAUAAAACAGCACUUGGUCUCAUAUUGGUAAUCAUGCAAUCAAGUCACGUUAUAAAAAUAACUGCGGGAAAACUAUUUCAUUUAUCCAUAGCAACUUUCGGCGACAUAAUCAAAACUUCCACGGCAUAUUUAAAUAUUUUGCGAACAAUGACUGCAUAAAAGCGUUAAAAAGUUAUAAAACACACGCAUGGAAUAUU